AUGAGUUCGGAGCAGCUUCAGACGAUCCGCGCGAACGACGGCGCGAAGCUGUGCUUCCUGCGGACGGGCAACGCUGCAGGGCCCAAGGUCCUGCUCCUACACGGCUGGAGCGGCAGUCACCGGUACUUCUGUCGUAACAUCGAGGCCCUGGCACAAGAAUGCGAGGUGAUUGCCGUUGAUCUUCGGUUCCACGGUGACAGCUCGCACACCGACCACGGCUUCUCCGUCUCGCGCCUCGCCGUCGACAUGGAGAACCUCCUCGAACACCUCGGCCUCACGAACGUCGUCGCCGUCGGCACCUCCAUGGGCUGCGCCAUCAUCUGGCAGCACCACAUGCUCUUCCCGGGCUCACAGCGCGUAGCCAAAGCCGUGCUCGUCGACCAAGCACCCCUCCAGACGUGCAUCCCGGGCUGGGAGCACGGCAGCAAGGGUCUCCCGGACCAGGCGGCCGUCGACGGGUUGCGCAAGGUUCUCCUCGAGGACAUGCGAGCGUUCGCGAAGGGCAACGCAGAGUGCUGCCUGACGCUGCCCGUGCCGGACGACGUGGCGGCGGUGCUGGAGGCGGAGACGCUCAAGUGCGACGGCGCGAAGCUCGGAGCGCUGAUGCAGGACCACACUGGGAUCGACCACCGCCCGACGCUGCGGACGCUGCCGUUCGAGUGCCUGGAGCUGGCGGGGGCGCACUCGGGGUGCUUCCCGAUGGAGGGCCUGCGGGAGGUGGAGCGGCUCGUGCCGCGGUGCAAGACGGUGGUCUUCCGGGACGCGAACCACUGGCUCUACAUCGAGGAGCCGGCGAAGUUCAACGACAUUGUCGUGAGGUUCGCGAAGGGGGGCCUGGCGGCCAUCGCAGAGACCGAGGUGUGA